UAAGCCAUCCUUCACAAGAGCAUACCCUUCUCUGCUAAGAUCUCUGCGUCCUCCUUCAGUUCGUUUGCUUUUCCAAAGGAUGAUUUCUCAGGGAAGAGGCAGUGCAUCUCGAGCCGCCGCGUUCGCUGUCACGCUAAUUUACCUCCUCGCUCAAGCCGAGCACGCUCGGGCAGCGACCUACAUGGUCGGUGGCUCUAGUGGCUGGACAUUCAACAUGGUGGACUGGCCCAAAGGCAAGAGCUUCAGAGCUGGUGACACUCUCAUAUUCAAGUAUAACCCGACGAUCCACAAUGUCGUGGUGCUGGACAAGGGCGGGUACAACAGUUGCCGGACUCCGAGGGGAGCGAAGGUCUACAAUUCGGGCAACGACCGGAUCAGGCUGGCCAAGGGUCCGAACUUCUUCAUAUGCAACUUUCCCGGUCACUGCGAGUCGGCUAUGAAGAUCGCUGUGAAUGCAGCUUGAGAGGAUGAGAGGAUCACUAUAAGCUGACUGCAAUGGAGAGCAAUAACGAAGCAUAAUAAUGCUCUGGGUUCUGAA